AUGGCAGGACUAUUUGACGCUUUUGAAGUCUACAACCGUAAGAAACACUCUUCGAACCCGACCAUGUUCGGGGGAAACCAUUCCAACAUAGGAACUAAUAACACCGGGUACAUGUUUGCCCACGAGUACCAGAAGCCCAAGGACAAAGAUUUACAGGUCAAAGAGGCUCUGAUACAGUCGGGUGAGGCGCCCGUUCCGGGCGCCUCACCCGACGCCGGGGCAAUCCCGAAUCCGAACCUCAUCGACAUCUCGAACAUGUCACAGGCGGAAUUCGAGCGCGUGUACCGCGGAAUGCGCAAGGGCGAGCCCAACAAUAGGGUCAACUUUUGA